AUGGGAAACGAAUGCAGCUGCGGAGAAAUGAACAGUGCCAAAGCACAAAUCUCUAACGGAGAAUCUAACAAGAAGCUGAAAGACGUACGCCUGUGUUGGGAUGAAGGCGUUGGAAAGAAUAUCCUAAGCGAAGAUGAAGAGACAGAGGACGAGAACUAUUUCUACCGUUUGGAGAGAAAAAGAAAUAUGAACAAGUCAGGCGAAAAAGGAGAACACAAAGAGGAAGAACAUUUGGAUAAAUGGAAAAAUUUAGCAGACCAAAUGGAAGGAGAGUAUACCAUUAACGUUAAAAAAAUACUCAUGUAUGUUAGGGAGUACGAGGAUGAUUUUCUCCUUUUCUUUAAAAAGAGAAAUGCUACAAGUUUGAUCUUCCUAAAGUACAUAAUCUUAAAUUACGAAAAAUACAUGCUUUCCAUUGCCGAUACAGGUGUAGUGUACAUUGGGGAAAUCAGUCCAAAUAAUGAGAAGCAGGGGUUAGGCGUGAUCAUUACCCCUGAUCAGUGUAUGUACAUAGGGGAGUUCGAGAAGGAUGAAAUUACAGGGUUCGGUUUGUAUGUGCACUUCUCCAAAAGUAUUUAUGUAGGACACUGGAAGGGAGGCAAGACAAAUCACUACGGGAUCUUCACCCAUACAGAUGGUACCUUCUACAAAGGAUUUUGGUUAAAUGAUAAACAAAAUGAAAAGGGAAUUGAGCAUGUCUAUGCGAAUUAUGUCUUUUUGGGGAAUUACAGAAAAGGAGAAAAAGAUGGCUUUGGAGCUUUUAUUCUGAAAAAUGAGUCCAUGUACAUUGGGCAUAUAGAAAAUAAUUGUUUCUCCAAAAAAGGCAUUUACUUUUUUCAUAGGAAGAAAAUGUACAUAACAAAUUGGAAGCAGAACAGCAUUGGUGGUGCUUGCGAAAUAAUGUGGUUAGACAGGAGGCAGUUCUACGGCUACCACUCUACCAAUAAUAGCAAAGAGGGCAUAGGUAUUUACAAGUGGAAUGAUGGAAGGAUUUAUUUUGGAAACUGGGCUAAUAAUAAGCAACACGGUUAUGGAGUCUUCAUAGUGAUCAGGCACAUUAGGGAAUAUGAACGGAGAGAAAAGGCUCCCUUUUUCUUCUUUUUCCAUCAGACAAGAAAGAUAAAGGAGUACUUCUUUUUAAAUCUUUUAAAGGAGUCCUUUUUUGAGAAGGGACGGGUGCGCAGAGAGCUGGAGAAGGCCAUAUGGGGAAAAACCAUAGACCACUAUGCGGCACGCGGAAAGGCAUUUCGUGCUGCUUCAGAAGAGGCCUCACCUCAGGAUGGAACCCCAAAUGGGAUGACACCCCAGUGUAACAACCUGGACGCUUACCUCUUCCUAAGGACACUACUGUGCAUGAGGUAUUACGAGACCUGCCGCUCCUACUUCGAUCGUCUGCAAAAGAAAAAAUGCAAUAGCUUCAAAUUUAACUGCACCUUCUAUGAAAGGGUGAAGGAGCACAUUUGUUCCGUGACGAAUAGGUACUUUAAUCAGCCCGCAGCGCAGGAACGACGGGGGUACAGCGAGUCGCCUGCGUGGAGCGCGCUCCAAGGGGAGGCAGGCUACACGAGGGGAGGAGACUUUACGAGGGGAGGAGACCUUACGAGUGAAGGGACCGACGGCACGGGUAACGACAGCGAUGAUACGGAUGAGGAGACCGACGAUAAAAUGGAUGACGAGACUGACGAGACAAAUGGAGGUAAUGGUGCAGAGAUCCAUCAGGGGGAUCACCCUUCCUUCGAAGAUAUCGAACGUUUGAAGAAUUACCUAAGCCGCCUAAAUCUGAGCCACGUCAGCGAAGGAGACAUCACCCCGCGAGGUCCCCUAUUCGCACUUGCAUCUAGAAACCUUGUCCUUAAAUUGGGGAGGUGGGAAAAUGGGAAGUUGCAGGAAUGGAUUUACUCCAGCGAUCGGUCGCGCUCAAAGGGUGAGCACAUCAGGCACCAGGGAGCGAGUCCACAUAAUAAGCAUGGGGGAUUAUCAAAUAGGAAAAAGGAGAGAAAAAAUAAAAAAAAAGGACACAUGCAGGAAUUGGCCUCCAGGCCAUGUGAUCACUCUGUGAUUGAUAAAUUUUUGGACCGCAUGUCUUCCUCGGAGGGGAGCAGUAAUGGGAGCAGUGAUGAAGGAAUCCAAAGGAACCGUCAUACGAGCAUUCAUCAUAUGAGAAAUCAAAAGAAUUACGAACCGGACGACCACCAACAGCAUGACCAGGAUAACAAUGGGGGGCACAUCCCCUUCGGAGCUUCUCGCCAAGGGAAGUCUCCCGGGUCAGUGCCGAGGAAAGGCCUUCCACGGGGAACCUCUUCCAUUUUGCAAGGCCACAAAUUGCAUGGUAAAAAAAAAGAAACCCGCAGUGAUAGCAGUUCAGGCGAUUCAAGUGGGAGAAGUUCCUUGGAGAUGACAUUUUCCACGUCAAACUUGAGAGAUGAUCACCAGACCACCCCCUCUGUCGUAGAAGAAGAGAUGGAUGUGCAAAGUAGUUUUACCGAUAUGAACAGCAUAAGAAAAGGUAUCGGUCCAGAGGGAAUCCCAACGUCAAGCAUUCUCCACAAUGGGAGUUCCAUUAUAUAUGAAGUUACCAAAGAAAGUGAUAAAGUAACACUCCAAGACAGAAAUGUAAAUCGAGCGAAUAGAGGGAUUAUCCGUAAGGGGGAGGAUGACCAAGGAGAUGUGGACCGUACUAAGGAAAUGAAUGUGCCGCAUGCGCUUCAGGGUGAGAACGGGUCGUCUCGUCUGGAGAAGGAAAGUAACCCUCUAGAGGAGAAGAACCCCGGAGGGCGGAAUAGAAACACCAGCCCAAACGAUGCACGUAAAGGAAACAAAUCGCGCCCUCAUUUUCAGGGCCUUCCAGAGAAAGACGAGGAAGGUAUCCUUUCCAGUGUUAACUCUCGCAACUACGAUUUGCCAAAGAAGGGGUUCUCCCUAGUAUGGAGUUUGAGGAGAAUGAAAAAUUCCCAUUUAUCAGCCAAUGAGCACAUAACGUUUGAGGCCCCGAAGGCGUAUGUCGAUGAGGAAGACAGCCAAUCAGGGAUAUGCCAUAAGAAGAAGUCUUUUUUUGGCAAAUUACUGAGGGGGAGCCGCCGUACCGGGGGGGACGCAAAACGGGAGAAGUAA